UUCCGGCCUAAGAUGUCCAACUGCGGAUGGCUGGACACAGGUGAGACCCAGAUCGCAAGGUAAGCUCUACAGUGCUGAAGACUCACCACUCACCACCGGCACCUGGGGCUCCAAACGCCUGCUCUUCAUCCCCUACUGCCUCUUCGAUCCGCCACCAGUGGGCGAUCCGCCCAGCGAUCUGAGCCAUGCCAUGCUGCCUUGGCGGAAGGUCUCGGAGGCCUGGUUCCGGCAUGCCUGGGGUCACCCGCAGCUGCAGGUCCGAGGAUGGUGCGUCUCGGUGAAAACCUGCCUCACAGUGCUUCUGUGUCUCUCAGAGAUAGACGUGGACCAUCGCCUUUGGAUAGGCGGAAAACGGCGGAUGCCUUGACGGGACCGGACCGGAUAGGAUUUGGGUCCAUGCAUUGGGCACCGCACCGCCUCAUUCAUUCACCGCCUUGAUAAGCCUUGACCUUGUUUCGAUGUUUCAACGAGGAACACGUGUCAUGCUCUCCCUUAUGUCAAGAAGUGGACGUGACUUUUGUUCAUGUUCAUUUUGGGGCACUAUAGAACCACCUUGGCACAGACUAAUCACGAUCGAUCCAACAUGUUGGCAGAUUCUCAUUGAUGGACCAAAGGUGGUCACGGAAUGGAUGGGUGUUUCACGAAUCCCGGAGAGACACCAUCCAGACAGGGGUUUUCUCUCAAAGGAUUUCAAAUGUCUUUGAACUUGGUUAGGAAGCAGUCAUGCCCCUUUGGCUCCCUGGGUUUUGCCCACCAUGGAUUUCAUAGCCGGAAUCCCAAACAACCAUUUUGCAGUACAAAACCAGGUCUACCGAACUCUUCGGCAUACUCUUUAAAUGCUGUCGCUCGGCAGCAACAGCGGAGCCGACCAAACUGCUCGCAGCACCAGUGCUAGGCAUUUGCCAAUUCAUUUGCGCGACGUCGCUCUUCCUGCAGUGGUGGCUAGCGAAUCCCACGAUGUUCCUGGUGCGCUCGAUGGCGAACUUUGCGAAAGCCUUCCUUUUCCUCCACCUCAGCGUUUGUGGGCGUACGGCCAUCUUUGACCCCGCCGCAUGCGAGCUGGCGGGCUGGCAGGAUGAACGACAACCCUUCCGCAUCAUCAACGCUUGCUUCAUCCUUCACUGGAUCCUGGUGGCGAUCUCCCUCCUUCUGCAGUUUCUCCUACCCUUGAAGGGUGUCACCGUCGACGUGGGCCAUGAACAGCUGUGGUACCGCGCGCGGCUCCGGGCUACGGCAGCGUCGCGGCUGGAAGUUUCUGGCCAGGUGGCCACAUUAGACAUUUGGCCACGUGUGGCCAUGGCGCCACAAAUCAAAAGCAUAGUUUUUUAAACGUACAACAAGCUAAUGUAGGUUCAUGCAGCUGCACCAAAGACCCAGCAGUUCUUCAUCGAUUGGAUUCGCCUUCGUCCCCUUUUUCAGGCUGUUCACAAGCCAUCCCAACUCCCAGAAGAAGGCCCCACUCUGUUCCUGCCCACCCGCCCACCAUCCCAACGGCGGUCAGGCAGAAACGUCCCCACGUGGCUGUGGGUCAUGGCACCUGGGCAUCCUGGUUGACCACCGAAAACGAACAGAUUCCUCGAGAACCU